CGCGGACGCUGACACGAGCAAACCCGACCGCCCGCAGCUGGGACCGCGCGGCUCCUAACCCGCCGCCCCGUGGACUCCUGGGAGCGCCAGCCACGCGGGAGUGCGCAGGCGCAGUCGACUGAGCCUCGGCUCGGGGACUCUUCCCUUGUCCAAAAGGAGAGCUCAAAAGAGAAGGCAAAUUCUUAAAGCCAUGCCUCAGGGAUCAGUGUCAUUCAAGGAUGUGACUGUGGACUUCACCCAGGAGGAGUGGCAGCAACUGGACUCUGCUCAGAAGGCCCUCUACAGGGAUGUCAUGUUGGAAAACUAUUGUCACUUCGUCUCUGUGGGCUUUCACAUGACUAAGCCCGAUAUGAUCCACAAGUUGGAACAAGGAAAAGAACUAUGGACAACAGGGAGAAUUUUUCCAAGUCGUAGUUACCUAGGUUGUGAAGAUAGUUCCCUGUAUUUUCUCCUAAAAAUGAUAUGUAUAUUUUGCUUUCUUUUUUUAAAUUAG